AUGCAAAAAGCCUAUGGUAUGACUCUUUCACGACAAACAGCAGCACAAGGAACGAAACGUCCUGCUGCUGCUGCUGCUGCAUCUUCUACAAGGGGGUCAAGUGAUAAGUGCUUACGUAGAUCAAAUCUAAAGAGAAAAAGAAAUUUGAAAAAUGCAAGUGAAAUCCCAGGACCAAGUUGGAAUGAGGGAAUGAGCUCUUCUCCAAAUGCUGAAGAGAUAGAAAUACCCGAAAGUGACACAAAUGAGGCAGAGAGAAGUGAUGAAGUCAAUGUCCCUCAAACUGAACAUGGGCCAAUUGGAGAUAUCAUUAGCUCAUCCACUACACUUGUCUGGGGAAAAAAUGCCCAAAGGAGUAACACCCGUAAUGCUAAGAAUGUUGCUGCUGCCAGAGCUAAUCGCCUCUCCAAAUUAAUUGAUCAUCUUCAAAGCUCAGAACAAAAUGAUGAUGAGUUGAACAUCUUUAUCAAGCUUGUCUCUUUUGAAGAGAGGAGAGUGCCAAAUUUACCAAGGCCAUACCUUCGCUGCAAGCCUACAUUGUCAAUUGGGCAACUGUGCCAGUAUGUUGCGUGUGAAACCUCACUGCAGACUGAAGAAAUUGAAUUGUACUUAGUAAAAGAACAUCACGCCAACGUUAUAAUUGGUGACGGAAAACUAGAUCCAAACAAAGUUGAGUCUCAAUUUCUGACAAGGGACGAAGAAACUCUGGCUGAACACAAAAUAGAUAAUCUCAGCUGUGGCCAUCUGGUCAUAGGUUAUAAGAGGAAGAUGUGGAACUUAAACAUGAUGUUGCCUUGA